AUGGCCGGAAUUCCCUUGGGCAGCUUCCCCAGCUUCACGGCGCUCGAUGAGGCCACGCAGGAGGAGCGAUGGCAACGAUUCAUUCAAGUUGCAUGUGUUUGCUCCGUGCUCCUGGCGGUCACCUUAGCCUUCGUCCUCGCACGAACCCAUUGCUGCGGCCCUCCGAAGGAGGAUUCCGGAGAAGAGGAAGGACGCUUUGGACUCUAUGGUGCCACUGAUAUGCGCUUCGUGGUCUAUCACAGCCUGCUGGUCGUGGCCGUCUUCUCAGCAGCCUUGUACUCAGGCCUUACAGGGCGCGUCUCCUUGCGGACUGGCCUGGACUACGAAAUCUAUGUCUGUGUGAUGGUGGAAGUCUUGGUGUCCACCACCGUGUCAGCGGUUUUCAAAAAGGUAGGACUGCUGAAGGCUUUGAUGAUGGUGGCGCCCUUCUCGGCCCGUUUCGACCUUUUGAGGGAUGCGACCAUCGUGGCGGUCUUCAUUCAGGUUGGCAACGAACAAUCCUCGAUUUGGCCACUGUUGGCGGCAGCCGUGGUGCCUCUCAUGAACCUGCUCUCCUUUCUGGUCGUGUUGGAGGAUCGUGCGGAUUUCGUCGAGCUUCGAGACAGCUUCUGGGCCAAGACCGCUGCUCCCAGGCCCUGGUUGAAGGAUCAAGGGAGGAUUCUGCAGGCUGCCGACGCCUCUGACGCAGAAUGGAGUCCGAUGUUGGAGGAAGGGCAGACAGAACCCAGCGACAAGGAGAUGCCAUAUCAACACCGGUUCCUGCUCUACAUGGGCGAUGCCACGUCCCAUGCGAAGCAGGUGAAGAGUUUCUACGAACAAAUCCCCCAGGCCAGCAUCAGCACGGCCGUUCUGCUCACGGUGGGGAAGGAUUCCCUGGCGUUGGUCUUCGGUGCCGGCUCGGCCUGGCUUCAAGCCGGAGUGAUCUAUUUGGUGCGUCCCUACGUGCUGUGUUUGCAGGCGAACCGCGGUCUCAGUUGGAAAGGCACCUGUUCACGCGACUUCGACCGUGCUCGUUCCUGUGCCUUUUGGUCACAGCAUGGCUUGGCAGCUUUGGCCUUUGUGACUCUGGACGAGGAGAAUUCGCCGGCGGUGCGACAGGCAGCGUUGGAUGCCUUCAAUGAUGAGGUGAACAAGCAUCCAGUGGAUCGUUAUCGAGACCUGCGAGCCUAUGUGUUCCAAGGCCUCGUCACCAUGGAAGCAGUGGAGAUCAUCGAACAUUUCCCCGCAGAAGUCAUGUCUGAGGAGGACUCCCUGACGGUGGCCGCUGGAAAGGCCAAGAAGUGGCAACUGCUGGCGUCGAUCCUGAAGCGCUGCAAGAAGGCCAACGUGAACUUCAUGGAGAUCAAUCAGGAGAUCCUGCACAACAAGUUGCUGCCCUACCUCAAGGACCGGUUUGAAUUGGAGAUCGACAGAAAGGAACCCCCGUCGCUGGUUGAGGAUCAAGAUGUGCACGGUCAUGAAUCACGUCGUGCCCUCGGUGAGUUUGCUCCAGGAGUGACUUUGCAAAGCUUACAUCGUUACCCCGUCAAGUCCUGCCUGGGUGAAGAGCUUUCAGAGGUAGAGCUGCACCAGGACGGCAUCUUGUUUGAUCGCACCUACGUGGUUGCUGCCCGUGGCCGUGCCCUAACGCAGCGGGAAGCGCCGCAGCUGGGGGCGCUUGCAGCACGAAUCCAAGACGGAACACUGCAGAUGGCCACAGAGGAGUUGGAAGACAUCCUGGAGGUGCCUUUAGGCGGCGUUGCAGGCGCCAGCCCGGAGGCAGGGGAUGCUUCGGCCAAUCUCUUUGGAGCCGAAGUGUCAGGCAAAGACCAAGGGGAUCUCGCUGCAACGUGGCUAUCACGUGCCCUGGGCGGAUCACCACGUUUGCUCCGCCGUGUGCAGAGCUGUCGACGAAGUGCCGCGGGACGGCACUGGGCAGACAUUGCUCCCUUGCUCGUUAUCUCCACUGCUUCUUUGAAUGCCCUGAGCGAAAGUGCCCAGCGAGCCAUUUCAAUGGAUCGCUUCCGUCCGAACCUGGUUGUUCAUGGAAGCGAAGCUCAUGAAGAAGACCUUUGGCGCGAGAUCCAGAUUGGUCAUCUCCGAUUCCAACGUUUGGGCCCCUGUGGGCGCUGCUCCAUCGUGGAGGUUGCUCAAGGCAUUGGCCGUCGGGACGAGCUCUCCGUUUACGGGGCGCUUGUGGCAUACAGAGGCCAAGCAGUAUUUGGGCAGUAUUACAGACCACUUUUGUCUGACGACUCCUCGGAUUCUCAGAAAGCACUCAAAGCUGGCAGCGAAGUGAAAGUUUUAGCUUGA